AUGAUCAUGAGCUCCGGCACAGCCCAGUCAGUCGUCGACUUUCCACCGCCAAACUUCACAGCUGUUGCAGAGAACUUUCGCUGCAAUGACUCCAAUUCAACAGCCGAACUCGCGUGCAUGCGAGGUGUGCCCUCUCGAGACAUCAUGGCCUAUCUCAAGCAACGCCUCGACAACGGAACGACCCCCAGCAUUUCGUUUACUCCGGUCACAGAUAACCGCACCUCAUGGGCCAAUUUUACUACACGUGCGCUGUCUGGCAAGUUCAUACACAAGCCCGCCAUCAUCGGUACCACCGUGAAUGAGUGGGCACCCUUCCUGCCCUACAACCGGACUCUUGGGCCUAAUCAGACUGUUGCAGACAACGGCACACUGAGAGUCUUCCUUUGCCCAUCGGUCCUCACUACCCAUGAGCGAUAUGCUGGCGGCAAAGCCACUACAUUCCGGUAUCUGUAUGGUGGCAAUUUCUCAAACAUUGCACCAAGGUGGUGGGAAGGCGCAUACCACUCAGCAGACCUGCCUCUAGUCUUUGGAACGCAUGGUAUCGCACGAAGCAACUCGACGCCGCUUGAGAUUACUGUCAGUGAGCAGAUGCAGGAUUACUGGUUGGCUUUUGCAGAAGACCCAGUGAACGGACUGCCGGCCAUGGGAUGGAAAGGAUAUGCCGGGAACUCAAAGGGUGAAAGCGUAUUGCUCGGAUGGGAGGACAAAGCUGUUCAGCCCAUCACGGACAUUGAGUUGGAGUCUGCUUGCGAUGAAGGGGUGCCCAACGGGAAGCCUAACCCUCCAGUCAGUUGA